AUGAGAGCCAUAUGCGUGUUUGCCCUCCUGCUGGCCUGCUGUGCCUGGGCUGUGUGCGGCCAAGCGGGCCCCGGCGAUGACCUGGUCGCCGCCAACACCACCCUUCCCACCACCUCUGUCGUCCAGCAGCCGGAGCCUGGUGUCUGGGACAAACCCAUCCACUUCAACACCAAGGCCAAGGAUGCAUGCACCAUGGUGGUCUCAGGUCAUGGCCUAAUGACGAAGCUGCGCGUGACCUGCAGGAGCAAGGGUCGCUCAUACUGGUGCGAGUACCUGGGCCGGCCCAACGUGUGCCGUCCGUACAAUACCAAACCGCGGCACUACUUCACGCAGAUCAUGUGGGACAUGCGCAAGCUGCACAAUGCCUGCCAGGGCCUGCACUCCUACAAGCCAAAGAUGUGUCAUGCAAGCCCUGCCGAGGCCCAGGUAGUCUUCCACAAGUCCUGGCCCCGGGCCACCAAGCCCAAGACGCCACCGCCCGCCAAGUUGCCCAAGCCAGGCAAGCCCAGCGUCUCCAAGACCGCUCCACCCCGGAAGCCAAUGAAAGGCACCACGCUGGCACCUAUGGAGGUGGCGGAGAGCUCUGCCGACAAACUGGCCAAGGAGUACUGCUGGAAGAGCCUCCAGGGCGUCUGCACCUACAUCAUCAGCUGGUUCCAGAACUGA